CGGGCUGCAACACAGUCUCCACAAGUUUGGGAUACGUGCGCCAAGACAUAUCCCCGCGCUAGCGCCGAGAGAGGAGCUGGGGCGGCCCUCUGGCCGCGACACGCAGGCUUUGUCAUGAUGACCAGCUACCCCGAGCAUGAGGACUCCGCGGGAACCCUACUGGCCCCGGAGACUGGCCACGCAGCCAAAGAGCCCGAGGCGCCGCCGCCGAGCCCGGGCAAGGGCUGCGGCGGCGGCGCCGGGACUAACCCGGAGAAGGCUGACCCGGCGCAAAAGCCCCCGUAUUCGUACGUGGCUCUCAUCGCCAUGGCGAUCAGAGAAAGCGCGGAGAAGAGGCUCACGCUGUCUGGCAUCUAUCAGUACAUCAUCGCCAAGUUCCCGUUCUACGAGAAGAACAAGAAGGGCUGGCAGAACAGCAUCCGCCACAACCUCAGCCUCAACGAGUGCUUCAUUAAGGUGCCGCGCGAGGGCGGCGGCGAGCGCAAGGGCAACUACUGGACGCUGGACCCGGCCUGCGAGGACAUGUUCGAGAAGGGCAACUACCGGCGCCGGCGCCGCAUGAAGCGGCCCUUCCGGCCGCCGCCCGCGCACUUCCAGCCCGGUAAGGGGCUCUUCGCGGCCGGAGGCGCCGCAGGCAGCUGCGGCAUACCGGGCGCGGGCGCCGACGGCUACGGCUAUUUGGCGCCCCCCAAGUACCUGCAGUCCGGUUUCCUCAACAACUCGUGGCCGCUGCCGCAGCCGCCCUCACCCAUGCCCUACGCCUCCUGCCAGAUGGCGGCCGCCGCAGCAGCAGCAGCAGCGGCGGCCGCUGCCGCUAGCCCAGGCAGCCCCAGUGCGGCCGCAGUGGUCAAGGGGCUGGCGGGUCCCGCUGCGUCGUACGGGCCGUACUCACGCGUGCAAAGUAUGGCUCUGCCCCCAGGCGUAGUGAACUCGUACAACGGCCUGGGAGGCCCUCCGGCCGCACCCCCGCCGCCGCAUUCCCACCCACAUCCGCACCCGCACCCGCACCCGCACGCACACCAUCUGCACUCGGCCGCAGCACCUCCGCCGGCCCCGCCACACCAUGGUGCCGCCGCGCCACCCCCGGGCCAGCUCAGCCCAGCCAGCCCAGCCACCGCCGCGCCCCCGGCGCCCGCACCCACCAGCGCUCCGGGCCUGCAGUUUGCCUGUGCCCGCCAGCCCGAGCUCGCCAUGAUGCACUGCUCUUACUGGGACCACGACAGCAAGGCCAGUGCUCUGCACUCGCGUCUCGAUCUCUAA